AUGUCAUCAGAUAAUAAGGAUGCACUACUAACGAAGAUUUUAGGAACUGUUAGAGCGGCAUCCUCACUGGCUGCUCAAGAUAUUGACUUUUGCAGACAUCUAGAUGCUUCUGUUGGGGAAUUACUAGAUGAGACUUCGCAAUAUAUUGUAUCAUUACUAAAUGAAGUUAUCCUGUCCACUUCUAAAGCUAAUAACGACCUAGAAGUAGGAAAGGAUAACUUAGAAGCAGCUUGGAAAGAUUUAAGUAAUAUUAUAGAUAAUUUAUUUGAAAAAUCAGACCAUUCAUUAGAUGUGCUACAGAAAUUAUUAUCAUCAUCAUCAUCUCAACUAGAUACAAACAUGCAAUAUUUAAACGUUGAUUCGCAACGUGAUGGAAAGCUUUCUCAACGUAUUGUGAAACCACAACUUCAAUUUAAAAUCCCUGUUGACAAUUCGGAAUGUCAUCCAUUCAAACCAUUAUUAAAGGUAAAGCCUCAUGCAUUAAAACCAUUGGAGGAGGUAUCUUCAUUAACAGUUGAAACUGAGUGUGUUCCAGCACACUAUCCACAUCCGUACGAAUACGAAAUUGAUAACCAACCUUAUGAUGAUUCCGUUUUAACCAUUAAGGAACCUAUUGAGCCAAGUAACUGGGAUGAAAAUGAACCCAUAUGGGUUGAUAAUAUAACAGCAUUGAAUGACAUGCUGAAUGGUUUGAAAAAUGUGAAAGAAAUCGCAGUAGAUUUGGAACAUCAUGAUUAUAGAUCGUAUUACGGCCUAGUUUGCUUAAUGCAGAUCAGUACAAGAGAGAGCGAUUGGCUGGUGGACACUAUUGCUCUUCGUCAGGAUCUACAAGUUUUGAACGAGAUAUUUACGGACCCAAGUAUACUUAAGGUCUUCCAUGGAGCAUUUAUGGAUAUUAUUUGGUUACAACGGGAUUUGGGUCUAUAUGUUGUGAGUUUGUUUGAUACUUACCAUGCAUCAAGGGCUUUAGGAUUUCCUAAACACAGUUUAGCUUACCUCUUAGAGACUUUUGCAAACUUCAAGACAAGCAAGAAAUAUCAGUUAGCAGAUUGGAGAAUAAGACCCCUUUCUAAACCAAUGAAAACUUAUGCAAGAGCGGAUACCCAUUUUUUGUUAAACAUUUAUGAUAAGCUAAGAAACUCGUUAAUAAAGGAAGAUAAAUUAUCUGGGGUGUUGCAUGCGUCUAGGAAUGUUGCAAAAAGAAGGUUUGAAUAUACCUCUUUUAGGCCUAAAGUUUUGUCCCCCACCGUUUUCUCUCCUAUUGAGAAGGACGAUCCAUGGAGGACUUUAAUGAGUCAAUAUAAUGUCCCCGAUAUUAAAGAACCUUUAAUGCGGAAACUCUACAAAUGGAGAGAUAUGGUUGCCAGAAAAGAUGAUGAGUCUGUUAGAUAUGUCAUGCCUAACCAGUUGUUGGUCUCCUUAGUUACUCUAGCACCUUCAGACCCAUCAGGAUUAUUAACAGUAAAAAGUUACAUUCCUGAUCAUGUAAGGGCAAAUGCCAGGGUGCUAUGCAAUAUAAUCAAUAAAACGAUGGAAGAAAUUAAGAGCGGGAGCCAUGAAGGACAAUCCAUUGAAAAUGUAACAACGACUUAUGUGUCUGCACAAGACCCUGAAAUGUCAGUAUCUCUAAUUAAGACCAUGGAUAGACAUUUCAAAUUUCUUCUUGAUGAGGUUCAAAGUCAUGCUGUAGAACCUUCAUCAGUCUGCGAAGACUCCCUACUAUUUAAAGGCUUCUUGUUUGAUAAACCUAAAGCUGUUGCCUACAACAGUGUUGGUAAAAGAUUAGUCAAUGAUAGAGAAUUGCUCGAUCGCAAAUCUGAUUUAUCUCAAAAGUUCUCUAAGGUAUUCAAAGCUGCAGGAAUUGCUAUAGGUAGUCAUAUUGAAAAGUUAUCAUCCAAUUCAGAACUUCCAGCAGACACUACAAGUAAUGUCGAAUCCCCUAGUAAGGAGGAAUCAAAGAAUAAUAGUGACGACUUGAAAGAAGAUAAGCAUGAGAUUAUUGUCUUAAAGAGAAAGCGGGACUAUGGAAGCAAUACCAAAAGUACCUCGAAACAACCUAAAAAGGAGCAUGUCGAUUACAACAAUGUCAACAGUAUACUUGAUAAUACUUCUCAACAGGAUAAACCUAACAGCGGUAGACAUGUGGAUAAGAGGAAGUUCCAUUCUGACUUGCAAGGCAGUAUUGGCGCCGCAGCCAUCAAGAAGCCCAGGUCCAAAGGAAAAACCGUUUCAUACAAGAAAUAG